UCUUUGCAUAUGAUAUGGCUAACAGUCGCAGUAAAUCAAAGUUUGACUUACUAAUCUGAUUCUGAGAUUUCAGACAAGCAGCGCCAUGGAAGCCAGCAGCGAGCAGCAGAAAAAGUCGGAAAAUUCAUCAUCGUCUUCUUCUUCAAAGCUCCUGCUCUACUCCUACUGGCAGAGCUCCUGCUCUUGGCGCGUCCGCUUCGCUCUAAGUCUCAAAGGACUUCCGUACGAGUACAAACCAGUGAACAUAACAAAAGGAGAGCAGUUCAGGGCAGACUUUAAGCGUUUGAAUCCUCUUCAUUUUGUUCCGGUGUUGGUUGAUGGUGACAUAACGGUUUCAGACUCCUACGCAAUAGUACUGUAUCUGGAGGACAAGUAUCCACAGAGACCAUUGUUGCCUGCUGACCCUCGGCUAAAAGCUCUUAAUCUCCAGGCUGCAAGCAUUAUCAACUCUAAUAUACAGCCUCUUCACAUGUUGUCGGUGCUGAAACAUCUUGAGGAAAAGGUUGGUCCUGAAGAGUCACUAUCAUUUGCUAAGUUGAAUAUAGAAAAAGGCUUACUCGCUCUUGAGAUGUUGCUGAAGGACUUUGCUAGCAGAUAUGCCACAGGAGAUGAAGUGUAUAUGGCAGAUGUGUUCUUAGCUCCACAGAUUGUUGUAUCUACUUCGAGGUUUAACAUUAACAUGUCCAAAUUCCCCACUUUAAAUAGGCUGUAUGAAUCCUACAAGAUGUUACCAGAGUUUGACGCUUCGUCACCAGAAAGGCAACCUGAUGCUGUGCAUUAAGUCUGGAAUUUUUCCGCCAUAUUCCUCAAAGCAGUUUUGUAUUUGCCACUAUCUCUCUACUGGAAUGAGUGAUCACAUGUAAAUAAGAUCAAAUUUGAAAAUGUUGAUCACUGGUGUAACAAUGUCGUGUCGAUUGUGUCCAGUUCUUUGUAAGAGAAACAUCACUCGAAUUCUAUGUGUAAUAUAAUGUAUUGGUAUU